AAAACAAAUAAACAAAAACAUCAUUUUGAAUUUUUAUAAAAUAAUUAAAUAACUCGAGAUGGAAGACACAAUUAAAGUUGAUAAGGAUGAUAAGAAGCAAUUUAAGAAAAAAUUCAGUAAAUAUGAAAAAUUCACAGCGAAAAGUAAUUUUGAAAGAAAACCAUUAAAAUUGCAAAGCCUGGAUCUUGAAGAUCAUCAAUUAAAAAAGUAUGAAAGAGGAAGUGGAAAAAUUAAUAAAAAUAAAAUCAGAACAGGAUUCUUCAAAAAUAAAUUAUUUGAGCAAGAAAAGAACUUCCAAUAUGCUGUUGAGCAGGCAGCACGAGCAGAAAUUUUACUCAAUGAAGAUAGUGGAUAUUUGAUGGCUGAUGAUGGUGAAGAGACAACAGAAUUCACACAAGAUGAUAUCAAGCAACAUGUUGAUAUAACAUCAGCAGCAAAAAGCUUCAAAUUGAAUCUGGAUUUUGGUCCUUACAAUAUUAAUUAUACUAGAAAUGGACGACAUUUAGUGAUUGGAGGAAAGAAGGGACAUUUAGCAGCAUUCGAUUGGAUAUCAAAGAAGCUGUAUUGUGAGUUUAAUGUUAUGGAAGAAAUCAUGGAUGUUAAAUGGCUGCAUUUAGAAACAAUGUUUGCUGUCGCACAAAAGAAGUGGGUCCAUUUUUACGAUAAUAAAGGCACUGAGAUUCAUUGUAUAAAGAAGAUGAAUGAAGUAAAUCAGUUGGAAUUCCUUCCAUAUCAUUUUCUAUUAGCUAGUGGAAGUGAUAAUGGCUGGUUAAAAUGGCUCGAUGUAUCAAUUGGUGAAAUGGUUGCUCAAUUUCCAUCACUAGACGAUAGAAUCACAUUAAUGAGACAUAAUCCAGGAAAUGCUACAAUAUCAGUUGGAAGUGCUAAAGGAAUUGUCUCAUUUUGGUCACCAGCCGUUCAUAGAAAACCACUUGCAACAAUUUUAUGUCAUGUAGCUCCAAUAACAGCUAUGGCAUUCAAUUCUGAUGGCUCUAAAUUAGCUACAGCUGGAAUGGAUAAAUUAGUUAAAUUAUGGGAUACGAGAUCAUUUAAGGAACCUCUUACACAAUACAAGACAAAAGCUAUAGUUCAUAAUAUUGCAUUAUCACAAAGAAAUGUAAUGGCUCUAGCAAUUGGAGAUAAAUGUGAAAUAUUCAGAACAGUCGGUACUGGAAAUAUUCAAUCAAUAGACAGCUAUUUAAAGCACUCUGAAAAUUCUUCAAUCAGUUCUAUUCAGUAUGUGCCUUAUGAAGAUAUCUUAGGAAUUGGAACAAAGAACGGAUUCUCAUCAAUUCUCGUACCUGGAUGUGGUGAAGCCAAUUUCGAUACUCUCGAACAGAAUCCAUUUAGAACUAAGCAACAACGACGAGAACAUGAAGUUAAAGCUCUACUCGAGAAGAUUCCUUCUGAUUUAAUAACUUUAGAUGCCUCACAAAUCGUCAAUGUGGAUAUUGAGCAUCUGGAAGAGAAAUUAGAUAAGAAACCAGAAGUUCAAAUUCCAAUUUCAAAACUUAAUGAGAAGAAAACGAGUAAGCGCUCAGGCGUAGAUAAUGCUAAAAUUAAGCAACUUCAAAAGGCUGAGGAGAAACAACAUUUAUUGAAAGCAGCAAAACAAGAAGAAUUCAUUGAAGUAAGAAAACAAAAGAAAAUUAAGAGGAAUGCAGAUACUGAUGAUAGUGACACAAAUGUGUUAGAUCGCUUUAGAAAGAAAUCUAAAAAAUAAAAAUCUAAUCACAAUUAU